AUGACAAAUUUUCUAUUAAGUGGCGGUGGCUGCAACUGUCCAGUUUUCUAAACUGCGUUUUCUAGAAAAGCACCACUAAAACUGAAUAAAAAUGGGGCGUAUGCAUGCACCUGGGAAAGGCUUAGCUCAGUCAGCUUUGCCAUACCGUAGAAGUGUCCCAACAUGGUUGAAGUUGACCCCAGAAGAUGUAAAAGAUCACAUUUAUAAACUGGGAAAGAAAGGUCUUACUCCCUCUCAAAUUGGAGUCAUUUUAAGGGACUCUCAUGGUGUAGCUCAAGUACGUUUUGUGACGGGCAAUAAAAUUUUACGUAUUAUGAAAUCUAUGGGAUUGGCUCCUGAUCUUCCAGAAGACUUGUACUAUCUUAUUAAAAAAGCUGUCGCUAUUCGAAAACAUUUGGAGAGAAAUAGAAAAGAUAAGGACAGCAAGUUUCGAUUAAUUUUAGUUGAGUCAAGAAUACAUCGUUUAGCCAGGUACUACAAGACGAAGGGUGUCCUUGCACCUAACUGGAAAUAUGAAUCGAGCACUGCUUCUGCCCUUGUUGCAUAAUGCAAUUUUUGUCUCAAUAAAUAACAUUAAAAAUUAAAA